CUUGGCGCCAAAGUCGUUGUUGUCCAGGCCGAUGUGUCAACUCCUGAAGGCGCAGCGAAACUGGUCCAGGAGACUCUAGAAGGGUUCAAGACAGAUAAAAUUGACAUUUUAGGUUCGCCUUGAGCAAUUCGCUUCUCUUUCAAACCUCGAACCAAGCGAAGUUAGCGAACUAACAAGAUGCCAAAAGUCAACAACGCCGGCUGCGGUGCCGGACAGGGAAAGCUCAUCACCGACCUGACGCCCGCCGAAAUCCAGCAAGCCUUCGCCGUCAACACCUUCACCACGCUGUACACCGUUCAGGCGGCAGUCCCGUACAUGCCCCGCGGCGGACGCAUCGUCAACAUCGGCAGCGUCGUCUCGAGGAUGCACAACAUGCUGGGCACGGGCGUGUACGGCGCGAGCAAGGCAGCACAAGAGUACCUGACCGCUGCAUUGGCAGCUGAACUGGGCGCAUCCAGGGGCAUCACCGUCAACACUGUCGCUCCAGGCCCUACCAAGACCGACGCCGCUACCUGGUUCCCAGCAGGUGAGCUCAGGGACGAUGUGUUUCGGAAAUUAGCCAGUGGGAGCCGUUCGGGAGCGGUGGCAGGGAAUGUGGAAGACGUGGCUGAUGCUGUGCUGUUGGUGGUUUCCGAGGGUGCCAGGUGGGUUACAGGGCAGUAUAUUGCCGCGAGUGGGGGUAUUACUGCCUAAGUGGCUAUCCUAGUGGCGUAGAGUUUGGUAUUGAUGGUCUCUGGGGGUUUCACUGAGGGGUCAGGUUGGUAUUAGGGUAUGUGUUGCUGGUUGAAUGUCACGGCUGUACUGUACAACGGCUGAAACGAGAGGAUUUGUAAGAGAAUCAUCGUUGGCUGAUAUAGAGCUGUCGCGCGAUAGAGAG